GUUUAGUGCAUUCCAUAUCACGCCCAUCACUCGAGCCAGGAACAAUCCCUCCGUAACAUACAAGUCACAACCAAGUUCGUGUGGUAAUCGGAAAUGGUAGAAUUCUCCCUAGCUACGGCGGCGAAUUUCAUUGACGAGGACGACGAGCUCGACGAAGAGCCAGGGGAAGUUGUCGAGUCAGCGCCACCUCUGAAAGUGGGAGAGGAAAGAGAAAUUAAAUGUAGCGACGGCACUAGCUUCAAGAAAAAGCUUCUCAAGCGUGGCAAUGGUUGGGAGACACCUGAGCUCGGCGAUGAAGUCACUGUUCACUAUGCCGGUAGUCUACUUAAUGGAGCCAAUUUUUUUUCGACUCGGGACGAAGAUCAGCCCUUCACUUUCAAGCUUGGCCAAGGGCUACUUGUUUCUGGCUUGGAUCAUGGGAUUAUUACAAUGAGUAAAGGUGAAACCUCAUUGUUCACAUUUCCUCCCGAACUGGCUUAUGGAGUAGCAGGCACUGAUGGUGUUCCUCCACAUGCUGUAACUCUGUUUGAAGUAGAACUCAUCUCAUGGAUCACAGUGGUAGAUGUUUGCAAGGAUGGCGGUAUUAUCAAGAGGAUUAUGGGGAAGGGGGACCUUACUGGGCCUCCUGGCGAUUUAGAUGAAGUUGUAGUAAGGUACACAGCAAUUGCUGCUGAUGGAAAAAUUGUUUCAAGAACAGCUGAGGAAGGAGUAGAGUUUUACAUCAGAGAUGGUCAUUUUUGCCAAGCAUUGCCCAAAGCAAUUAAGACAAUGAGAAAGGGGGAGAGAGUGAAUUUAAUUGUCCAGCCUCAAUAUGCCCCUGGCGAUGGGGUUAAGGAUUCUACCUGCAGCUUCCCUUUGAGCAUAGAUCUGGAGCUGGUAUCCUUCAAACCUGUUAUAGACGUGACCGGCAAUUUAGGAGUUCUAAAGAAGAUUUUGAAAGAGGGGGAAGGAACUCAGACUGCAAAUGAAGGCGCAGCUGUUAGUAUCAGGUAUUCAGCAAUGCUUGAGGAUGGCAGUUUGUUUGAGAAAAAAGGUUUUGAUGGAGAGGAUCCCUUUGAGUUUACAGCAGCUGAAGACUUUGUGAUGGAUCGCCGCUCUGUGAUGAAUAAGGUCGCCGCGAAGGCAAAGGCGGAGCUGGCCGCCAAGGAGGCCGCAACGAAGGCGGCUAUAAGUGGUGAUUUGCCAAAGAAGCCACCCCCCAGUCGAAGAAAAAGCGGCCGGCGGAUGAUUCCCAGAAAAAGCUGACUGAGGCCGGCAUGCAACCCGCCAAGAAGUCCAAGAAAGCUUCGCCUUCCUCCGUUGCCGACGAGGUCGGCACUCUGACCGUCCCGAUUGUGGACGAAGGGGGAUCCGGUGCUGCUGUUGCCCUUGUGGAUCUUACCUCUGGUCUCUCCGGCGAUGUUUCUCAACCCCUCCCCCUCGCCCAGGGGUCCCGGCCGAAGCGGUCCAGCAAGGAGGUGGCUACGGCCACUUAUAAGAUUGAGGUUGAAUACCCCAAGGAUGGGGGUGUCUUCAACGAUGGCGUUGACGGCCAUGAUGUGCUCUCUCAGGCCAUCCCGGCCAAGGACCGGACUUAUCUUAACAAGCUCGGCGAUGUGAAGAUAUACGACAGGGGGAUGGACCUUGUCGUCCAGGGUGCCUUUAUGCUCAUGGAGAGCAACAAGAGGCAGCAACGGGAGAUUGCCCGUUUGAAAGAGUUUGAGCAGAAGGCAGCUUCGGCCGAUGAGGCCAUGAGCUGCUUGGGAAGGUUGCGAGAGGACUUUGCGGCCUUGCAGAAGAGGGUCGACGAGGCCGAUGCAGCCAAGAACGAAGCCCUGGCCAAACUUGCUGAAGAGAGGGAUGCCCGUGAGGCUGAUCGUCGGCGGGCCGAUGAUGCCGAGAAAGCCAAAGCCGAGGCUGCAGCGGUGAAGGCCGCUGAUGCUGCUGUUGAGAAGUUCCUGGCCGAGGGCUGGAAAGCCGAUGAGCACUUGCCCUGGUGUUAUGAGGUCGUGGCGGCCAAGCUCGAGGACUGGGGGCAAAAUUCCCCUGCCGGCCAAGAGUAUUUUGUGCGCGAGAUGUCCGUGUAUUACAACAUGGGCCAGCAUCGGAUGCAAAGGCUCCUCUAUCGGCGGCUGAGUCGUGCCUUCAAAGCGCUGAACUAUACCCGGGGGUGGGCCAGACGGAACCUGCAGCUUCCCAAGCUGAUGAAGGAUCCGGAGGAGCAGGUUAAACUUCCCCUUUCUGACAUGCAGGCUCCGAUAGAAAGCUCUGGCCUCGGCGAACCAGACUAUGGUGAGGAUGAUGUCCUGGCUGAUACCGCCACUUCCGUUGUAGAAGCCAGCUCAGAUGCCGAGGCCGAGGAUGAUGCCGAGUUCAUCGUUGAUCAGAACGUUGCGGGUCAGGCUGCCGAUGAGGGCGUUCAGGAGGCUUGAUCGGCCAUAACUUAUUUUGUCUUGUAAUUAGUAAUAGUUUUUUGUUUUUCCCGUCUGAAUGUAAUGGCCGAAGCGCC